GAGGCUGGCGCCGCCGCGGGGGCGGCCUAGGGCGGGGGAGGGGAUUGUGGUCGGGGUGGUGGGGGUGGUGGUGAGGGUGAUGGAUGGGAGGGAGCCGGUUGGGGUUGGGGUCGGGGGGUGGUUAUUGUCGGGGUGGUUAUUGUUGUUGUUGUUGUUCUUGCCCUUGGGCGUGGCCAUGGUCGCGAUGAACUUGGGGUAUUUCUUGCCUAUGUUGUCGGCGCUGCUGCUGCCGUGGUCUUUUCCAAUGCGGCCCGUCAGGACUACCUGGCGGUUGGUGCGCGGAGUGGAUGGCUGCUGUGCCGGGAUGGAGGCUGGACAAAGUAGGUGGUUAGUUGGGUCGCUCGAGCUCGAUUGAUCAGUUCUUGAUCGAGAAUAUUGCAGGAAGAAAAUGAGAAUGGAUGCCGGGGGAUGGAAAUUGAAUAAAAAGGGGAAUAGACUCAUGAUUUGCACUUACGCUUGCGAGAAGGCAUAAUGUGCCUUUAGGGUUUGCUUCGGUGCUCGCUUUAGAGCUCGCUUGCAAGGUGAAUGGGCAAGAAAACUGCGAGGUUGGAGGAGAAAAGCUGGCCGCCACUUUGUAAGUUUGGGUUGGGAUUUCUAGGGACGGAGUGAGUGUUAGGAAUUUACGAGGGGUCAGAUGAGCACUGUGUACCCAUUAUGGACGAAAAGGAGGUGAGCGGCCUAGCAGUGUGAUAGAGGUGCUGCCCUGAGGCCCCAAGGUGGCGACGCUGCCGGGCCAUUAACAGGGAAAGAGCGCGGGUAACAGAGGCAUUCUUCGGCUACAUGAUUAUCGGCAGAUGAGGCAAAAGCAUGGCAGUGACAGGUUCCUCAGGCCGCGGGGCUGGGAACAAAAUAU